CACGUCUUUCAGUGAUAGCUGCAUCAUUUCUCCUCAUAUGAAGCCACAGACAUAGCCACUACCUCACUGAUGUAGACCUCAGUCAGAUGAUGACUGACUUUGAAGGAAACCACACACUGUCCUGUGCAGGCAUCUGUCACAUUCACUCUGCAGCUGCUCUCACUCAAGCAGCAGAGACGGUGACCGAGCUCGCAGUCCGGUUCAGAUUAGUGCAGGCUGCAGGAGGAUGGACCUGCUCCUCCGUCAGCUGCAGGUGGAGUCUGAUGUUUUACUUUAGCCGUCCACGCAGUAAGAGGAUUUACUCGGACUGGAAGGGAUAAAAAUAAAGAGUAACUGCAACUCCAAUCAGUCCUGUUUAUCCAUCCAGGGAUCCAUGCUUAGAAUAAUAUUAGACUGCUUUUAUAUUUAUCAGUGCAGGAAUAUGUCUCUACUCUCUACCUAAAGGAAAUGGUGUCAAAAUAUUUUAAUGUAUGAGAUAUUACACCAGCACAAGCUACAGUCACUACACUUAGUCACAGUGGGAUUGGUUUCAUAAGCAAACUGUAAGUACACACUGAAGCCACCGCGCUGCACUAACACACACUGUUCACGUCACACUGCUGUAGAGACGCCUGUUCAGGGCUUUCAGUAAAACGAUCAGUGCAAGUUCUGUGAAGUUAAGACUCACAAAGUCCAUCGCGUACAAAAACCAUGGUUUGUCACAGACUGUGUCACCAGUUCUUUGUCUCUGGUGAUUCUUGUAUGCAGAGAAAAUGACUCCUUCGUGUCUCCCCUCCCUCCGCCUCCUCCCCCUCCCUCCAUCUUCUGCAGGGAGGUGGUACAGAGUGCACAAGAAGCAGAAAGUCUUCCACACCACAGGAAAAGCUCAUCCACCAUAAAGCAUGACUCUAGUUUUCUGCAGUGGCUUGCAUUAGAAGACAGAGAAAAGUGCUUUAUGUGGAACUUGCGUAUGUGAGCAGGUGUCCUCGGCUCGGUUCUUGAAGGAGAAGAACAAACCUGAGCGACGUGGGAUUUACUCCACGCUCAUCUUGAAUUCCCUUCACAGCCUGAAGCUGCUCAGCAUCAUCAUCUCUCAUAUUCAGGUAAUCUAAAAGGAUGCACAUUGGAAGAAGCAGCAUCGGGCCUGCAGAGCCCGGCCUCAGCAGCCAGAGACGAGGGAACAGCGAUGAUCAACGGGUCUUCGCCGCAAAGAACGCAAACAACUGCAACAACAAUGAUGGAAAGAAGGACGACAAAAAGGAUGAAAAGAAGGAUGAUAAAAAGGAUGAAAAGGACGAUAAAAAGGACCCCAAAAAGGAUGACAAAAAGGAAGAACCGAAGGAGGUGUGGAUCAUGGACCCAGCCACGGAUAUGUAUUACUACUGGUUGCUCACAAUAGCUGUCCCAGUGUUCUACAAUCUGAUAUUCCUGGUGGCCAGGGCUUGUUUUAAUGAACUACAGUAUCAAAAUUCAACACUCUGGAUGGUUUUGGACUAUGUAUCAGAUGCCCUCUACUACAUUGACAUCUUUGUGAGAGCCAGGACAGGUUUUCUGGAGCAAGGACUUCUUGUAAAGGAUGCAAAGAUCCUGAAAGAAAAGUACAUGAAGACACCCCAGUUCAAGUUAGACAUGUUAUCAGUGAUUCCUACUGACAUUGUUUUCUUCCAUAUCGGAAUCAACAACCCAGAGUGGAGGUUCAACCGUCUCUUUAGGUUAGGCCGUCUCUUUGAGUUCUUCGACCGGACUGAAACACGAACCAAUUUUCCAAACAUCUUCCGAAUCGCUAAUCUUGUACUUUACAUCAUCAUCAUCAUCCACUGGAACGGGUGCCUGUACUUUGCUGUGUCCAAAAUACUUGGUUUUGGGUCAGACACUUGGGUCUACCCCGGGCCAGCAAAACCAGAGUUUUCUCAGCUCACCAGACAGUACAUCUAUUGCUUUUACUGGUCCACUCUUACCUUGACCACUAUUGGUGAGACACCACCGCCAGUCCGAGACGUUGAAUACUUUUUUGUCGUGGUUGACUUUCUUACUGGGGUUUUGAUCUUUGCAACAAUUGUUGGAAAUGUUGGAGCCAUGAUCUCCAACAUGAAUGCUGCACGUGUAGAGUUCCAGGCGAAGAUCGACUCUAUCAAGCAGUACAUGCAAUUUCGAAAGGUCACUAAAGACUUGGAGGCCAGGGUGGUGAAGUGGUUCGACUACCUGUGGACUGAGGGGAAAACCUGCGAUGAAAAGCAGGUGCUAAAAAAUCUGCCAGACAAGCUGAAGGCAGAGAUAGCCAUUAACGUACAUCUGGAAACCCUAAGAAAAGUGCGCAUCUUUCAAGACUGUGAAGCUGGUUUGCUUGUUGAGUUGGUCCUGAAGCUUCAGCCUCAAGUUUUCAGUCCUGGGGAUUACAUCUGUAAGAAAGGGGAUAUUGGUAGGGAAAUGUAUAUCAUCAAAGAAGGAAAGCUCGCUGUAGUAGCAGAUGAUGGCGUUACCCAGUUUGUGGUCUUGAGUGACGGAGCUUAUUUUGGAGAAAUCAGCAUCCUUGGGAUCAAAGGUAGUAAGGCAGGUAACCGAAGAACAGCCAACAUUCGAAGUGUGGGCUAUUCUGAUCUCUUUGCCCUGUCCAAAGAUGAUCUCAUGGAGGCACUAACAGAGUAUCCUGAUGCUAAGAAUGCUCUGGAGGAGAAAGGAAGGGCCAUUCUGAUGAAAGACAAUCUCAUAGAUGAGUCGCUUGUCGCUGCUACUGAUGCUAAAGACUUGGAGGACAAAGUUGAUCAGAUUGAAACCAGUUUCGAAAUCAUGUCAGCGAAAUUUCGAAAGCUGACAAAUCAAUACGAGUCCUCUCAGCGCAAACUCAAGCAGCGCCUCAGUAAUUUAUCAAACCAGUUCAGAAGCCUCAGAGUAGAUGAGUAGAGACUGGCCAUCACUACUACUUAGGGAGUGUCUUCUUUACAGGGACUAGUACACUGCAUCUGCCCAGUACUUCCAAAGAUGCAAAAAUAAUAAGACUGCCGUCAAACAAUGUUUCCACACAUAGGCAAUAACAUUGGGUCAUACAGCCACGUGGACCAUUAUGUCUUUUCUUGUGAUAGUGAUAAUAAUAAUAGGCUGCACAUGAUGAACAGAAACAUGUGGAGGGACAACCCUGGAAUAAAAGCAAAGACAAAACUGCCACAAAUGGACAGCAACAGCAGCAGUCAAGCAGGUUCUAAAGGAGCACUAUUUUAGCAUCGGUGUGAGCAUCCAACUAAUAUUGGUGGGAAACAUUUUCUUUACUACUCUGCCCAGAAUCCCAGAGUGGCCUGUUCAGCAACGACACCAUGACUGGGGCUUUGCACAUACAGGACCUUCUCCUUUUAUUCUGGUCAGAACUCUUCUGAAGGACGAAAUUAGUCAAAACAAUUCUAAAAAGAACCUUUUAUGAAUAUUUUCUAUAUUCAUUAAGCAGAACAAGACCACACUGACAAGUUUCAGUUCUGGUCAUUAAAGUGUGAUAGAGAUUUGAGACUACAAUGAGAUCUGGAGAUUUAACAGCUGCUUUUUGUUGCUGCCUUGCCUCUGUGUGUUCUGAGAUGACUGACAGAGUUUUAUGCCAGAUGCAACCUUGAAAGGAUUCGUGUCUCCAACUGGAAUCAAACUAGUAACUCUUUGCUUGCCAGGGGAAUAUGUAAACCAGUACACAAUGGAACCACCAUGGAGACCAGGCUCUUAACUGACUGCCUCAUUCUUUAGCACAGAAAAAAACUGCUGUGCUGAUAUUUUUGAAAACAGUUUUUUUCUAAAGCUCAGGUAGACUUUUACCAUGAUAAGCAUAUAUUAGGAGGUGCCACUGGAACACAGGAGUGAUAUUUGCUGAAUGGGCCUCUGUACACCUACACAAAUAUUCUAUUAUAAAAGCAUUUCAAAAUAUGUACCAUCAAAUUUUUAUUUUAAAUAUAAAGAACUGUGCUUUCUGUAAAUAAAUAAAUACAUUAUUAAUAUAAAUAAAUAAUAAAUAAGUGGCAAUAAACUCUUGAAAAGUGGUGUAUCGUUUUGGAAAGGCUGACAUUAUUUUUCCAAUAAUUCCCCUGAAACAUGCUGCAAAGCCUCAAGCCGUGCAGAGACUUGAAGUUCACAGAGUCAUGUCAGCGGAAGUAGGGCCAUGCAGACUGCAGAUGUAGGUACAUCUGCCCUAACUUUAAGCCUCAACAACAAACAAUAGACACCACAAUUGUUUUUUACAAGUAAUUUUCACAUCUGAAAUUUGACCCUGGGAGUCUGUGGGGAAUUUGGGGAAGCCUCAGUUGGCAACUACAGGAACUGCAGUUUUUGGCACUUCCACGCAGCUUCAGGUUGAAGCUCAGGGCUUAUGAUUUCCAUUUCUGUUUUUAUAUUCAACAUUUGAUCAGCUAAGCUCCUGUGAACUAUGUUAGUCAGCAACACUAAUGUGCAUGAGGCAGUGAAAGCUUAGAUUACAGAGCUCUGCAGGCAUCACUGAGUAAGCAUCUACUAGAAGUGUGAACAUUCUUUGCAUGCUUUAUUUCAGAGAAAAUAAGUUGUGUUGUUCCAAAAUAUUAAAGUGCAAAACAAAGAAUUGUUUCUUUUUAUGUCUGCAUGUAUGAUUAACAGUGUUGACAUUAAGUUGAUAAGGGCACCUCCUGGGUGAGGUGUUCCGGGCAUGUCCCACCAGGAGGAGGCCCCGGGGCAGACCCAGGACACGCUGGACAGAUUCUAUCUCUCAGCUGGCCUGGGAACGCCUUGGUGUUCCCCCGGACAAGCUGGAGGAGGUGGCUGGGGAGAGGGAGGUCUGGGCUUCUCUGCUUAGGCUGCUGCCCCUGCGACCCGACCCCGGAUAAGUGGAAGAUGAUGGAUGGAUGGACAUUAGUCUAUGUGAGAUCUUUAGCUGUCUGCUAAUGGAUUUUCUCAUUCUCUUGAGAAUUGUGUUUGCUUUUGUUUUUUUUACGAUCAAACUUUUCUUAACAAUAAAGGCACUGAAUAUGUUGAACUUGCCACUGUUCUUUUGUGAAUGCUGGCUGUGUCAUCGUCUUCUGGCUCUUCGUGUGAUCCUGCUUCUUCUCCGAACUUUUUGGAGUGAGGAAUAAAGUUAUACUUACACGUGUAGUCUUUUAAAUUGAUGCCAGUCUAUAUAAACUACUACAGCUGGCAUUUAUUUGUAAUCAUUACAAAAAAGUAAUUGCUGUCUGCCUGCUUCUUGUUUCCAAACACAGCACACAGCGCAAAUAAUCUUUCAAAAGGAUGCAAGAAGCACAUUUCUGUGUAUAACCCAUUAUCAGCGUUUUCAAAAUAUCUAAACCUACCAAAAUGAUCAUUUCACUGACCAACCCAAAUUUAAAAAUGUCCGCCCUUCAGUGUACUUGGACUUGUUUUCAUCUGUCAUGGUUUUAAAAGCAAACCUAUAUUCACCCAGAGAGCAGCUCAGGAGGUACAAAUAUCCUUGGACCGGAUCAUAACCCCGAGUCGCUCUCCGAUCCAUGUGAGUGGGUGAACCAGGUAUGUUGUAUUGAGUGCCCCGGGAAACUAUAAGAAUCAGUCCAUUACCUUACAGGAACCAUGUCCUGCUCAUCAAGAGGUGAAAAGUAGAUUUUAUCCCACACAAUUUGCCUUAUUGCAUCUUUGUGGCAUGAUGUUUGGGCCUGCUCUUAAAUCGGGACACCAAGAAACCUGUGGAGUCAAAUCAGGCUUGUUGGAAAAAAGCAGUCAUCUUUAUUUAGCAUGUUUCACAACAAUGAAUACUUUGAGCCUUUCACCUGUUUCUAUGUGGGAGAAUUUAACUGUUGAUUAAACCAAUUGAGAAAAACUGCCUCCUGUUCCCAGACAGGUCCACCCUUUAACCUUCAGUCAGCUCACAUGUGCAGGCAAGCACUAUCUUCAGCAUUAAAACAUGGAGGUACGGGUAAGGUUACACAGCUGAAACUACACCUGGCUGUACUGCUUAGCCUUCCACAUGAGUGAGCAUUACUGCAGUAUGUAGAACAAUACACGCAUACUGUGCACUGUAGUGACUUCCCAGCACAGUCCAGUGCUGUCCACAUUUUUAGGCACUCCUAGUACUGUGACUCAGAUGAAGGCUAAACUAGUGAAGGUAUUCAGCAUCAUUUUAGCUAGGAGUAGUUGAAUGUAGGAGGAGAAAAAGAUGAAAGAUAAAGAAUGGCUCAGGUUGGUGGAUGGCGGUGCUCUGAGCACCGUGCUCUCAGUGGUAUGUUGUGGGCAUCGUGGUGCUCCACGCGCUCCUCUUUAAGGUACAUCAGCCAUGCAGCAACAACUUCAGAGUCUGAGGGACAAGCCAAAGACCCCCGACCUCCAGCCAACCGCCACAAACGUACACCGUUUGCCCUGAGCAGCUUUACCAGACUCCAGGUACAGUCACAUGACCAGAGAGAAGAUAAAAGGCAGGGUUAUAUGACGUUAAGAGCUCUCUGUUCAAAGAUGGUUCCUGGCAAUGGACGUGACGCACUCCACACACUCCGGGUCCAUGGUCUGUGACCUCUUCUAUGCCAUCAUCUGUUCUCAGACCUUUAACCACAACGACUGGAGGAGUGAGGUCACGUUACACGCCAGAAACCAUCUCUGUACACAGAACAAUACCACCCAGUACCUCAUAAGGAAAUACGCAUGUGGACACCUGAGCCUGCUUCGUUUAGGAGCUGUGAAAAAGCUUUUAAUGACAGUAAGCUUCACAUGCAUGUUUUAUGUCCAGUUUGUCCAAAUGAUCACAACCACUCAUUUGUAAGUAAAACAUCCAGGUAGUUUGCAAGUUUAGCAACUACUUCACAUCUUCUCCAUGUUCCUAUAGAUAUAGAUACAGAUUUGGGGGAGCGUAUUUCAGCCUCUUCGGGCAGCCACAGGCUUGUAUUCCUUUGCAUCCAGUAUUAAGUGAUGUCUACAAAUGCAACUUGAUGACCAUCAAGCAUUUAAAACAACUGUCUGCUGAUGGAGCAGCUAUUUUACAUGGUACCCUUAUUACCAUGGUUACAUGAACUGUUGCCAAAGCGGUGUUUUCACUUCCAAGUGAGUGAUGUCAAUGAUUUGGGCAAAGCAUUGCUGUAACCCUGCGUUGGUGUGACGGCUCGUGCUGCCUGACCCGAUGAAGUCUGCUGACCGUGUUAGAGGAUGGAUAUUGCAGACUACAAAACAACGGCGAGGAUGUCUAAAAAGACAACCGAACUCUGAAGCAGCGAGACGAUUCUGUGUCCAAGAACAUUAUGCAGCCUAUUCACCGAUGAGGAGGAAAAGCAUUCAAAAUAGGACGCGUCUGCCUGUUCCGAGGGGAAAUGAUUUCACA